UAACAUGUAUUGCACAGUUUUCUCUUAUUCCUUUGUUGAUCAACGGAGUCAGUAGAAGACAUAACUUUGUUUGGAACAUCCAAGAUCUUGGAAUAUAACAUCUUUAAGAAGACCUGCACCCAACCGAGAUGUUCUGCAGUCUAUUGAUAACUGUGUUUGCUGGCAUGUUGACGGGUGGCGUUGCGUCCACACUGGUUAUACGGGAUAAAAAGGUACAAGAAGAGACACCAAGUGAUAUUUGGGCUGCCAAAUGGAGAUAUGUCAUAGACAUCCUGGACAUAAACGGAGAUGGAAAACUGGAUAAAAACGAGUACAUAAAUAUGAUGGCAGCAAGAGUAGGCGCAAUAACGAAGUCUGCCGAGAAGGAAGAAAUAAUGAGAGCUUAUUUGCAAGCCGUAUGGGACAAGUGGUGGAAAGAGGUGUUGAAUAACGAAAACUUAGUAAGCUUUACUGCAAACGACGUGAUCAAAAACAAAGCUGAAAUGAUUUCAAAAUUUGUUGAGGUACACCAUCUGGACAUCGAAGACAAAUGGGCUCUUACGUUCUUUGAGUUGGUAGAUGAAAACGAGGAUGACGCUCUUGUUGCAAAAGAGUAUGCCAAUUUCCUCAAGAUUUUUCACGCUAAAUUUUCUGCAGAAAUUUUCUCUGAAAUGGAUUUUGACAAAAGUGGUGAUAUUAGCAGAGCUGAAAUGGUUAUAAAUCAUUUGCUGUUCAAUACAGGGGACACCAUGAAAGGUGCAAAUUUUUACGGGAAAGUGAUUUAACCCAAUGGCACUCAACUGGUCUCAAUAAGAGAACAACAGAUGU